AUGCGCCUCCCGUACAUUCCCAAUCCACCCGAGUUCACUGACGAGGCGGAUAAGGCCGCGUUGGAGCGCAUCAAGCAACGUCGAGGCGAAAAGGGCUUGAUUGCAUUGGAUCUAACUUUGCUUCAUUCUCCCCUGGUUGCAGAUGGGUGGAACUCCUUCCUAGGCGCGAUCCGCACCAAGACCUCUCUGCCGACAUCAGUCCGCGAGACAGCUAUUGCUCGUGUUGCCGUACUAAACAAGGCCUGGUACGAAUGGGAGGCUCAUAGCCCAAUACUUCGCGCUGCUGAAGGCAUCUCCACUGAGCAUGUCGAUGCUGUUCUUCAGUCACCUCCUCGACAGGUCAACGAAGGAAUCCACGAUGCCGCCCACGCAUCUGUACUCUCGUACACAGAUGCAAUGACACUGGAUGUUAGUGUUCCAGACGAAGUUUUCGCGACUCUUAAGAAGCACUUCAGUGAGCAGGAGGUCGUGGAGAUUACAGCAACAGUUGCAGCAUACAAUUGCGUCAGUAGAUUCUUGGUGGCGCUGGAUGUGGGCGAGACGAACGGGCAGAAGGGACCAGAGAAGGAGUGGGGGCUCUAG